AUGGAAGACAUGGAAUUGGUUUCCAGCGGUCCUGAUGAGAAUCCAUGGCCACAUUUGACUGAGUAUGUGGAAUUUGUAUCCAGAUCGGGCCAGCAAAUACUUUUUGCGUGUAAGCGAUGCUUGCCGAAAGACACCAAAAUAAAAGUUCAUGUAUCAAGUCUGAAUAAUUUGAAACAACAUGUAAGAAGGGUACAUGAGUCACAGUACGUACAGUUUGAAGAGAUUGUUAAGGCGGGCUCUAACCGGGGCAAGACAAAAAGGAGAACUCAUUCUGACGAUGAUGAUAGCACAAGUAGCAGUAAUCCUAAUCCCGUUAAAAGAAGAAUACAACAGGGUCGACAGCUGAGCAUCGGGGAAUCGUUCGGGAUUGCAGCUACUGGCAGCGGUGUACCCCAAGCCAAAGUGGACAAAUGUAUAGUAAAUUUAUUUGUUUCAAACAUGAUUCCUUUACAUGUUGUCGAAAGCAAGUCUUUUGGUGCGUUGAUAAAAACGUUAAACUCAAGCAAAAAUUCAAUUUCAAGAAGAACUUUGGGUAGACGCAUUACUGACGAACACAUUGAAUUGAAGCAACACCUUAUUAGGACUACUACGGAUAAUGGCAGUAACUUUGUGAAGGCAUUUGUGCAAUUCGGCUCGGAGAUCGACAUACUUCCAGAGUUGCCAUCAUGUGAUUUAGAGUCUGAAUUUGACCCUGAUAUUGCCAAUCUUUUAAAUCCAAACUCAGAAGAAAAUGAUGACUUAGAAUUUAUUAUAGUAGAAAACAUACUGAAUGCUCCUGAUCGUCUCCAUUGCAAUGAAAUCAAUGAACAGAUAUUAGAAAACUUUAAUACUUCGCCAAUUCACAUGAGAUGUGCUGCACAUACGUUCAAUCUGGUCGCUAGCAAAGAUGUAGAUGCUGCUCUACAAAUAACUGUUUUCAAGACUCCCUAUAGAAGUGCAUUAGCCAAGGCACGUACUCUCUGGAAUCAGCAAUCACGUAGUACGGUAGCAGCAGAUAGCAUUCACGCUGAAUUAGGCAGACGACUUGUCCUUCCAAAUACGACGAGGUGGAACUCUCUGUAUGAUGCUAUUGUCGUUCUCAACAGUAUAUUGGAAACAAAAAGGCCUUCUCUUCACAGGGUUAUGACUCAACUAAAAAUUCUAACUUUCAAUGACCAAGAUGUUAUGGCACCUGUCGCGAAUGCCCUCGAUCGUAUCCAAGGAGAAGCUCAAGCAUAUCUCGGAUCACUACUACCGACGAUUGCAGCAACUGUCUAUAAAUUAAAAAAUAUUAAAUCUAAGGGCCUAGUAAAUUGCACAGCUUUAGCCAAUGAGUUAUUAAAUGGCAUAGAGAAAAGGUUUGGUCCACUCCUGAAUGAUGAACAGUGCCUACUUGCCGCGGCAUUUCACCCAAAGUUCCGGUUGAUAUGGCUGGAAACGUAUGACAGCAGUAGAGUGGAUGCAGUAAAAAAGAGCAUGGAAAAAAAGGUAGAAGAUGCUUUACGACAAGAAGCAGCGGAAAAUUCGAAGGACAGAGAUAGUUUAACUGGCGGAGGGAGCAAUGCGAGUAACAACGAUGAUGACGAGGAGGAAGACUUUUUCAAUUCUGUCACUCGGUCUAUAGAAAAACCAAAGAGCUCCAACUCUUUAAAGAGUAAAGCGCAAAGUCUCGUUAAAAUGUGGCUGGACAUGAAAUCAAAAGACUCGUUCAACGAUGCUGCAUUCCUCGGGGAACAGAUAUUCAUAAAUCUAUUUAUUAAAUACAAUACUGCUAUACCCUCAAGCGCUGCAGUUGAACGUCUGUUUUCCACGGGUAAAGACAUUUUAACACCAAAACGAGCCUCGCUUUCAGACGAGAACUUCAACAUGUUAAUGUUCAUGAAGGGGAAUAUGCACCUUAUGCCCGACGAUUAA